AUGUUUUUUGUUUUUGUCUUGUCUUUGCUUUCAGAAUCAGAAAUUCAGAUAAUAUUAUAACUCCAUUAAUUAGUAGUAAUGUUGAAGUUUAACAAGACAUUUCUUAAUUCGUCAUCAUUAUAUCGUACAUAAUUCAGCCCAAUUUUUUCAAUAGACUGAAAUUCCUUGUUUUCUUUCAAUCUUCCAAUUUCUGUUGUUUUCUGAAUCUUCCAUAUUGACGUUUCGUAUGAAUGAAGGAAUGUAAAAAGCAAAACCUUUUACCAUUAUUUAUAAUCUAAUAAAUUCUGUUAUUUAACUCAUAUCAAAUUAAUUUUAUUAGGAUCGUUGGAAAAGGUCAAGGAUCAAGCACCAUGCCGGCAGCCAAUCUAAAUAUAGCAGUUGUUUGUUCCAGCAACAUGAAUAGGAGUAUGGAAGCUCAUGCGUUUCUAAGCAAAAAGGGCUUCAAAGUCCGCUCAUUUGGAACUGGUGACAAGGUGAAAUUACCUGGAACUGGACCCGACAGGCCAAAUGUAUACGACUUCAGUUGCACCUAUGAUGAAAUCUACCAGGAUCUCUUAAACAAAGACAAAACUUUCUAUACUCAAAAUGGACUACUCAACAUGAUUGACAGAAAUAGGAGGAUAAAGCCAAAACCAGAAAGAUUUCAGCUGUGUAAAGAAAAGUUUGACAUUGUCGUUACCUGCGAAGAGAGAGUUUAUGACCAAGUAGUGGAAUAUUUUGAAAAUCGUUCAACAAGUGACAAUGCUUCAGUACAUGUUAUCAAUGUAGACAUCCAAGAUAACCAUGAGGAAGCUACGUUAGGAGCUUUUCUAAUAUGCGAGUUGGUUACAUUAAUGACCAAAAGCGACGACCUAGACAACGAUAUCGAUGAACUUCUUAACGAGCACGAAUCCAAGUGUCAGCGUCCAAUUCUUCAUUGUGUGCUCUUCUACUAGCAUUCAUGCAUCCUUCACAACUACUUCUCAAAUUUAUGUUAUAGAUAUUUUAAAGAAAACUUUUCUUUUAAUGGCAUGGUAUUUUUUUUUUCAUUUUAAUACUUGUUAUAACAUUGUUAGCUUGGCAUUUCAACUAUUUUAUCAUACUAUUCAAGUUAGUUAUCUGUGAUCCUAUUAUUUAUUCUAGUUUUAGUGAUUUUUUUUAAA